AAACGAAAGUAGAAUACAGUAUAUAUGCAAAUUUAUAAACUACUGUAUAGAUUGUUAACCCGAUAAAAAAAACUUGACAUCUUAUAUUUAUGAGGAAACACAAAGCAAGAAAAUAUUAACGAUACGUAGACUUUCUAUACGAUAAUAUAUAAAAAUAAAUUUGUUCAAGCUUUUAACACGUAAACAUCCGGUGACGUCAUUGUAAUGGCGCUCUCCAUGAAAAUGAAAAUCUGCUUUUCAGUUUUGAAAACUAAAGUGCGUAGAUCUCAGUGCCGAGUUGUAAGAUAAUAGACGCAUUGAGUGAAUCCAAAUUGUAAAUAAUGUUUCGUCCACGGCAAAGAAGAGGUGGAAACUUAGGGGUAAUGCUGCUGGCCCUGCAAUUAUUCCAGUUUGGAUUUGACAAAAUACCUCCAGUCACUCUUAUAUCAAUCCUAGUACAAGCUGCAAUAUUCCUCCGUAUCGGUGACUUAGAUAGAUGGUUUGGAUCGACUCAUGAUGUGUGUAUCAGUACACAUUACAUUCUGGUACAAAAACAGUGGGGUAGACUUAUUUUAGGAACUCUAGUUCACGCCAGUGACAUGCAUCUUUAUUUUAACAUGGUGUCUUUACUGUGGAAAGGUGUUUUUCUUGAAAGACGUUUUAAAAGUCAAUAUUUUGCCUACCUGAUGGCAGUAUUUACAGUCUUGACUAGUGUGGUUCUGGUUGGACUCAAUUGGGUAAUGGCUGAGGUGUGUCAAGAUAGGUCAUAUAUGUUGACCUGUGCGGUUGGAUUCUCAGGUGUAAUAUUUGCAUUGAAGGUGCUAACAACACAUUACUCACCUCCAGGGCUCCACUAUGCACUGGGAUUCAUACCUGUGCCAUCUAAAUAUAUUUAUUGGGUGGAGUUAGGCAUCAUACAGCUUAUUUACCCAAACGCUUCAUUUACAGGUCAUUUAGCAGGUAUUCUUGUUGGUAUGCUGUACAUAAAAGGUCCUCUCAAAUUUAUAAUGGAUAGUUUCUGGCCACCAGAGCCAUCAUACAGAUAUACAGCAGGGAAUACAGGGUACCAGAGACCUAUUACUAGAGGAUAUACUACAGGUGGGAGACAGGCAGAAUAUCGUGCUAAUUACAAUGAUAACAGACAAAACGAUGACGGGAACCAGGCAUAUGACGAAUACACUGGUGGUCUAAGUGAGGAAGAACAGAUAAGACGGGCAACAGAAGAAAGCCGUCACAAUAACAGAGAUCCAAACAAUGGACAGCAGAGACUGUAUCCUGAUUUAGAUGAAUUACGAAGAAGACGGGCAGAUCGAUACACGUGAAAGAACUUGAGACAUUACGGAGUACUUUCUUUAAUUAUGAACAUUCAUCAAUACACGUGAAAUAGAAGAACUGGAGACAUUACAAACUACUUUCUUUAAUUAUGAAUAUUCAUUGAUACACGUGAAAUAGAAACUGGAGACAUAACAGACUACUUUCUUUAAUUAUGAAUAUUCAUCGAUACACGUGAAAUAGAAACUGGAGACAUUACAGACUACUUCUUUAAUUAUGAAUAUUCAUAAAGGCCAAGUGCAAAACUGUGAUAUUGUGGUGUAUGUCUUGGCAUGGGCAAUGGUGAUCAGCUUAUAUUGUCACCUUAGUGCAGAAAUGGGUUAAGUCCUCCUAAAUCUAAAAUGAUUUAACCAGUUAUUGCACUUAGGUGACAAUGUGAUCAUUAUGAGGGAAAAGUAUUGUAGAAAUAUGAAGAUAGUGGUCAUUGAUACUUUGAUUAAGAGAAAAGUUGGUUGAUGGCUAUCUUUAUUUGACAUUGCAAAAUAGUGCUUAUUUGUAUUAUAAAUUGUUUCUUUAAUUAUGAAAAAACAUAAAGUUUAAGGAUUA